AAAAAAUAGUUUAUGGAAGAUUAUCAUAUCAAAAUAAAAUUCUGCUAUUAUUUUCUAUUGUGUCUACAUGAGCUAUGAACUAUCAGAUAAAUGUAUUUACAUGAUUCUUAGAGAAGAAGAAAGAAUCGUAUACAUGGUUUAAGUUGGAAAACAUAUGCAUAGAGAGAUCAGCGCUGUUUUGUGUACUACACUGCAGGGGUUUACACAAGGUAUGGCUAAGACCAAAUCACUCUUCUGUGCAAUCCUUCUAUUUGCCGUUUGUGGAUACGUUCAACUGAUUAUAGUGGUGAUGCAUGUCGAUCUAAAGGCCGGUGGGGACAUUUUGAAACAAAAGUUUAAUAGGCCAAGACAACUAGCCGUUUUUCCAGAACUAAAUGCGUUAGACAACACGAACCUGACAAAGUUUGGACCGGAUGCCCAGCAUGCCAAGAACACUAAUUCGAUCGGGAAAAUGCCUCCAGCAAUUGUUGACUGUCCUCGUAAGGUCCACCUCUGGGCUACUAAAGCAGGAGAGCUGGGAUAUUCGAAGGGCGUCUAUGAUGUAAAAUGCCCCGGAAGUACUUGCGAUGUACGAUUGACCGUUGAUAUAUCCUUCGACACGAUGCAGAAGAGUGAGGCACUUGUCUUGUUCCACUGGACACGGUGGAACUGGGAUGCGAUGCACAGUCAUAGACCAAAGGGCCAGAAAUGGGUGUUUUACACUCUUGAGAGUCCACGUCAUACAAUGCAUCACGUGAUUCCCCCUCAAGAGUAUUACAACAACUCCUACGACUACAUUAUGACGUAUCGGUACGAUUCCGACUUCCGGGCCGACUAUGGGCAGUACAUUGCCGGUAAACCUGAGAUUAGUGCCAAUGACACCAGAAAUUGGGCUAAGGGUCGCUCGAGGCUUGUAGUCUGGAUGGCAUCCAACUGCAGAGGCACAUCCUGGCCAAGAAUGGAUUUCGUGAAGAGACUUGGAAGAUACGUUCCUGUAGACAUGUAUGGCAGGUGCGGAAACCAAUCCUGCAGAGCUGGCACGGAAGACUGCGAGAGGAAACUGAAACAACACAAGUUCCUGUUAGCCCUGGAGAAUAGCGAAUGCACCGAUUAUAUCACAGAAAAGUUCUGGAUUCAAGCCCUAGUUAAGGAAAUUGUUCCCAUCGUUUUUGGACCUCCCAGGAGUGACUAUGAAAAAGUAGCGCCUCCGAAUUCCUUCAUUCACAUCCAAGAUUUUAACACGACGAAGGAAUUAGGGGAGUAUCUCAAAAAGGUCGACGGUGACGACGCCCUCUACAAUAGAUACUUUGAAUGGAAGAAGAAAGGGUCUUUGAAGCCUUAUGGGGGACCGACGAAAAAUAUCAUGUGCUACCUUGGUGAUCGCUUAGAAGCGGACGCACAACGGGUUCGGGAUGGAACCUACAAGCCGCCUAAACAAAAGGAUUGGAAAGUUUGGUGGACUGACUCGUGUAAAAAGAAGGGAAAAAUACCGAACUAAGUGCAAUGCCAACUCAGUUUUAUCUUACAGUAGGAUAUUCCAGAUAAUAGAUACGUACUGCACCAGGUACCAAUGGCUUUCAUGAUUUCAUUUUGGAGCGAAAAGCGGUCUGUCGUGGAUAACUGUGAUUAAGAGCUGGCCAGGGAGGUGAAGAUUUAAAGAUUUAAGUGAGUCUAUACUAACUUCCAAGUUGCGCGCAUUACGGAAGCCAUCACCGCACUGCUCUGGCUUGACCAAUGCGGUGAUGCCCUCUAUAACGCAUGCAACUUGGAAUUCAAGUGCGACUGUGCACACUUAAAUCUGAAACCCCCAGAACGUUUACAUGGUCAUAUUAUCUACAAAUAGUUUCUUUCGUUUUGAUUUUACACUGCUCGAUUGAUUUAUUUUCCGUUUUCAAGUUCCUUGUCAGGAAUCGGUCCCAUUUCCUCAAAAGGGAGUUUUGGCUUAACGACGUAUGGAAGAUUCAGGAACAGAGUCAAUAAUUAUUGUCAAAUACCCGUAAUGAAAAAAAUCCUUGUAAUAAACAUAGUAAAUCCAAUGAAAACAGCAGUUUAGUCCUUGAUAAACGACAUAUUUCCAUUUUUUCAUCAUCUCUAGGACA